AAAGCUGACUUGGCUAGAACUGCAAUACCGUUGCUUACAACAUAUUCCAGAGGAAUUAGAAAAGUCAAAGUAAUGGAUAACAAAAAAGAACCUCCGUUCUUCAAUGAAGAUAACGUGGGACCAUUUUACUACAGACUUCCUUUCUAUGAUACCAUGGAGCUCUUCAUUGAAACAUUGACUGGAACAUGUUUUGAGCUGAGAGUUUCACCCUUUGAAGCUGUCAUUUCUGUGAAAGCAAAAAUUCAAAGAUUGGAAGGUAUUCCCAUCUGUCAGCAGCACUUAAUUUGGAAUAACAUGGAGCUUGAAGAUGAUUAUUGCUUGAAUGAUUACAACAUUUCAGAAGGUUGUACCUUGAAGCUGGUAUUGGCUAUGCGUGGUGGACCUAUAAAUACUAGAAGAGUUCCUAUGGAAGAUCCACUUAGGGAGAUGGCUGAUUACAUGGAUUCCAGUCGAGAUGAGGUCUGGGAGAAGACCUGCUGCAACAAACAAGUCACAUUUUUGGUAUACAGAGAAGGAGAUCAAUUGAAUUUCUUUCGUGUAGUAGAUAGAGGAGAUGGCACUUUAACACCAUUAUCUGAAUCUUUAAGGUAAAUAGGUUUUCAUUUACAUGUCUUACUUAGAAAAAAAAAAAAUCAUAUGAGUGGUGGUUCUGUGUAUAAUUUGUAUACAGAUGAGGAUGAAGAAAUUGAGCCUUCUCCUUCUGGGCAACAGAUAAUUGAAAAUUCAAUAACUAUGAAUAAGAUGAAGCUGCUGAAGGCUAAGAUGGAGAAUAUGUAUCUCAGCAAAAAGCCUAAGAAAGCUGUCAAGGUAAAACCUCGUCCACCUAUAGCUCCUCGACCUUCUAGUGGUUCCAUGGUAGCAGCUCGCCAUAGAUGGUUGAGGGUUCUCCCUCACAUUGGGCAGUCUUGCUUACGUUCUCCUGGAAAUGCAUAUCUACCUGAAACUCCCAAGAAUGUACUUUCAAGUUGGACAGUUCUGCCCGUUGCUGAUAGAGCCAUAUCAUCUAUCACUAGUGAUGUUCUUAAGGAAGAUGAUAACAGGGAAAGUAAUACACUUUCUCAUUCCAGUAGUAGCAACAAACUAUCGCCUCAGACAUCUCAUAUGGAGUUAAAAAAUGACAAAGAGCUUCCUGAUUCUGUUCUCCAUCUUGGGACAUCUCUGCUUAGGCAAACAGAACAUUUUUCAGGAAGUUUGCCAUCUGAUAAUGAGGAUGACACUGUCUUAUUUCCAACUACAGAACAGUGUGUUACUGAAGAAUCCCUUCCACUUAAAGUGGGUUCAUUUACUUCAUUAACUGGAAGAAGCACUGAUGAACAGAGCAGUGGCUUAGAAGGCAUGCAGAAGGUAAAGCCAGAGUUCCUACUCACUAAUGGUGAUAAAGGGCUAAAAGCUACAGAAGAGCACCUUAAACACAUUGCAAGAGUCUUGACUGGCGAAUCAGUAGAGACUACAGUUCUUAACCACCGUGAAUUAAGUCCUCACAAGAAUAGACUCUUAUCACCUCUUCAAGGUUCUGCACCAAUAUCACUACAUAAUUCUUUGGUGAAACAACAGAGACAGUCCAAAUGUUUUGAGUCUGGGAACCUCCGAUCUUCUGCUUCACAAAAUGUGCUCCGUUCAUUGGAUGUUCGGAAUAUAACUGAUUCGUCUUUCUCUAGGACUGCUCGCUUUCGAGGUGUUAAAGUUGAUUCACCUGGGAAAAGAUCUGAUAUUAUUUCUAAAGUUGAGGCUCGGGAUAUCACAGAGAUGGCUAACAAAGCUUCCAAAGAGCCUAUUGGUUGUGUAAAUAAUAUAGGUUUUCUUGCUUCGCUGGCCCGGAGCUCAAGCAGAGAUGGUUUACCAAGCGCAUGUGGGGCAGGCAGGCUUCGGGCUUCUGGAAUUGGGCUAUCUACAAACCUCCAGCAUUUUCAGGAAGAAAGCCUUAGGAAAAGCUCUCCCCAUUUAGAGCCUACAGAUUUUUUUCUAUCAGUCCGUGGUUUUGGAAUAAGUGGAAAUAAUGCAGUAGCAGGAAAAAGAGUAGGGGAAUGCACUCAUCAUCUUCCACCCGUGAAAGCCCCUAUUCAAACAAAGAAGAAAACAACAAAGCAUUGUUUUCUUUGUGGAAAGAAAACAGGACUGGCUACUAGCUACGAAUGCAGAUGUGGAAACAACUUCUGUGCAUCUCAUCGCUAUGCAGAAACUCAUGGCUGCACCUAUGAUUACAAGAGUGCAGGGAGGAGAUACUUGCAGGAGGCAAAUCCUGUCAUUAAUGCACCAAAACUUCCAAAAAUCUAA